AUGUGGCCUGAAGGGGACCCCAAGUCAGCUACCGUGCAAGAAAUUCUCUAUUGGCAGUACAGGGAACAAUUCAGGAAAGAGUACAAGAAAAAGCAUCCUAAGAACAAAUCAGUUGCUGCUGUUGGUAAAACUGCUGGAGAUAAGUGGAAGUUCAUGUCUGAAAAGGGUAGAUUGUUUGCUAUUUGGUAUAUUUGCGGUUGGGAGGGAGGUGAUGAGGAAGAGUCUGAAGUGAAUCAUGAUGAGGAAGACAGCGGUGGAGAGCUAGGUGAACAUCCCUGGGCUUAUCCACAUAUUGACUUAAUUGCUGAACAGAAUAAGUGA